AUCGAUCUCGCUUGCCAGACAGACAGAUACUUCCCAUAUAGACAUCACCAUGGCCGACACAGAACCCUCGCCGCUUUUUGUCUUCUCGACUAUCGCGAUAAUCAUUCUGACCUUCGUGAUUUUCUACUUUGUUCAGCAAAGCAAGAAGAACACCCCCGUUUUGAAGCCAGACACCUUCCAGAAGUUUCCUCUCAUUGAAAAGACACGCGUUUCACACAACUCCAGUGUCUACCGUUUCGGUUUGCCCAAAUCGACCGAUCGUUUGGGCUUGCCUAUUGGCCAGCACAUCUCCAUCGGAGCUACCAUAGGCGGUAAGGAAGUUGUCAGAUCCUACACUCCUAUCUCUACCGAUGACGAAUUGGGCUACUUCGACUUGUUGAUCAAGACUUACGAAAACGGAAACAUCUCCAAGCAUGUCGACUCCAAGAAAGUUGGCGAAUACGUCGAGAUCAGGGGGCCAAAGGGUUUCUUCACCUACACUCCAAACAUGGUUAAGUCGUUCGGUAUGAUUGCUGGUGGUACCGGAAUUGCUCCUAUGUACCAGAUCAUCACCGCCAUCUUGAGAAACCCAGCCGACAAGACCAAAAUCUCGUUGAUCUACGCCAACGUUACUGAAUCAGACAUCUUGUUGAAGUCGGAAUUGGACAAAUGGGCUGAAGAACACCCAGACAAUUUCUCGGUCCAUUACGUAUUGAACGAGGCUCCUGAAAACUGGAAGGGCUCGGUUGGCUUUGUCACUCCAGAAAUCAUUGACUCGAAAUUGCCAAAGGCUUCUGACGACUCCAACUUGUUGUUGUGUGGUCCUCCUCCUAUGAUCAGUGCUAUGAAGAAGGCUGCUGUGGGUUUGGGCUUUGCCAAAGCUAAGCCUGUGUCCAAAUUGGGCGACCAGGUCUUUGUCUUCUAAGCUCUUAUCAACUCGAUGUUAGAAGAGUAUAGACACGAUAUAAAGAUAUUUAUAAAUAGUUAUUCAGAUGAAUGAACAGAAUCUGAGUCCUG